AUGUUUCGACGAAAACUCAAAGCUCUUGGAUAUCAUAAUCCUGAAGCCUUUGAUGUUAAUAGUAAGUACCUUCUUAUUUGGGAGUUGAAUUUUUGAUAUUAAUUGUGUUAUUUGAAAAUUGAUCAAAAGCUUUAUUUUCUCCUUUAGUUUUACGUUUAUUGAUUUUCCCCUAUUUAACGUUAAACAUUCAUCGUCAAAAUAAAAGAACUGAGGUAACAGUACUACAAAAAAAGUAAAUAAAUAAACAAAAUAAUGGAAAGGAUCACAAUUUAGAACUGUAGUGGUAUUGCACAUGUCCUACCCCAGGGGUAGGACCUCUGGCCAACCAGGGGAAUAUGUCGGGGAAUACAAGGGGAUAAAUUGGAUGGGGAGGGAACAAUUCACUAUAGUGUUCUACGUUUGAAGGAAAGGGAUGGGCUCACAGGGGAGGGAAAAGAAAAAAAAAAAAGGAAAACUGUCUCAGAGCAUUCACAUGUUUAACAAUGAAGCUGUUCUCAGAUUGAACUAGAAUUUCCUUUCCCUCCUAUAGAUUUAGCUAGUUAUUAGUUAUUUAGAUAUAGAUUUAGCUAGGUCUAAAAGGGAAGCUCUGGGUAAUAUACUUAUAAUUUACUCACACAAAAAAAAUAAAAUUAUGCAAAUGCUAAUCAGUGACGGCAAAAAGAAUGGGGAUAAAAUCAAUAGGUCUUAUUAGCAAAAAGAAAAAAAACAACUUUGCACACACAACACACUUUUUUUUAUACAUUUCUUUGACGUUGUUUUGCACGACUACAACAUGAAACUUUCUAGUUACACAUCUUAUGUAGGAAAUGUCUUAUGUGCUCACCAGAAAUUUUGUUGCUUGUGUUCCAGACUUCCUAUAUUUGCGUUUUUUUUUUUUGUUUUUUUUUGUUUUGUUUUUUUUCACUGCCAUUCCUUUUUACCUACAGUAGCUGGCUGCUAGCAUUCCUCAUUUCUUACCACCAGUUUUCAUGUUUUUCUUCCAACAAAAUUUGUCUCCUUUGUUUUUUAUCUAACAUGUUAGCUCUUUCUCUCUUAUCCACAUCAUUAAAGAUCAUUAAGAUUUAGUUGGACUUGACUUUUUUGUUGUUUUUUCACUCUAAAAAGUCUGGGGGGGGGGGCAUGUGACUUCCCACCAUAAACCUCAUCAUGCAUUUGGGUUGACAUACCUGUUGAUUGAGUUAUUUUACAUUGGUAUGGUAUGUGGUGCGGACGGGCGUGCAUUCAGUCACAUGGUUUAAUACCGAAAAUUCUUGGAUGCACAGAUAACCAUGUUUUCUAACCCAUGGUGCUCUGCUGCACGCUCUUUGUGUGCACGAGAGAGCUCUGCUAUUAAAAUUUAGGGCUGAGAACCAGAGGAAAUUCUGUUCCAAAUUACCGGUAGUUUGAAUACUGGCCAAAAACUGAACGUCUUGUUCAAUUCCAUUCAGGUGAUGAAGAGGUUCGAAACUUGGUUGUUUGGCUGGAAGAUCAAAGAAUAAGGUUGUACAAAAUUGAGGAGAGAGUAGAGCUACGAGAUGUAAAAAGCAGUGAAUGGAUGAAAACUUUCAGAAAGGUAAGGUAUAUAAAUUAUCUUGCCAUUUUUGUCUUGAGCUCCCCCUUGGUCCACAGUACAUAGAAAAAAUAAUAUAGUUCUCACAUGGUUUGUAUAGAUACAAACUCUCCAAAUUAUUUACCUUCUCCUGGACUAAACUGGUUAUACAUGCUUGGCACUGCAUCCAUUAAUACAUGUACCUAAUAAACUCCAAGAAUCAGGAGCCAAAACAGAGCAGGGCAGACUAUGCAGUGAUAACUUAGAUGGGCUAGCUUUCAAAAAUGGCAAGUAAGCAGAGGUUUUAAAAUCCUGUAGUGGUAGAAUAAACAUCAGAUGAAAAUUUGAAAGUGUAUAAUUUAUCUCAUCCACUUCCCUUGGUUUUCCUCCUAGUAUUUAGAUGAUCUAAAAUGUCCAGUGGAAUUUUCACAGAAACCAAGUGUUGUAGAUUGGUUACUUGCUCAUGCUGUGAGGGUUGAAUAUGCUGAAAAUGGUUUGUCCUUUUUUUUGUUAUAUUGUUUACUUACUUUGCAUAUUAUAAAGCUAAAUUUAUAUUAAAAUUUUGCAAAGUUAGUUGCAUCUGACAAAUAUAGCAAAAUUUGUCAAGUAUACCUCUGUACCAAAUUUUAUCUGAUAGCUAGGAUGCCAUAUGUUUGCCCAAAAUAUGACGCAAGUUAAUUUAUUUUAGAUUAUUCACAAUUAGAACUGUUUUGAAGUUUAAUUUGUCUUUUAGUUACCAGUAGUUUGAAUCUCACACUUUUAUUUGUUAUUUUAAAAUUGCAUCAUAUAUAUAGCUGAAAAAUUUAAUAGUGCUGGACAAAAGGACAAAAAAGAACCGGAUGAAGGAGGAACAGUGGAGGGGUCACUUGAUGAGAGCCUUAUUAAUUUAACAGGUUUGUGGCAUCUUGCAUGAUUUUAGUCACAUACUAAAAUUUAUAAUAAAUAAGAAAAUAAUACUAAAAUAAAAUGCAUUUUGAAGUUAUUGAAAUACCACUGGAAGAAAGAUUAAAUACAGUUGUUCGAGUGCAAUAUUACACCAUAGCACAGAACUGCAAGGCAGUCUACUAAUAAAUUCAAAAAAAGUUCAGUUAAGCCAAAAAGGGAAUGUCCAAUUCUCCAAUCUGUGAUUACCACAUUCUUCACUCAAAAACGCAUAGUACACUUUUAGGGAAUCUUUAAUUCUCCUAUCUGUGAGUAACACAUUCAGUGCAGUGCACAGCACGUCCGAACAUUUUUUCUUUUUAUUAUUUCUCCAUUAAGUACUAAAUUACAUCAAGUUCACGGUAUAAAAUCCUCUAUUAAGCCAGCCAGGGAGCUUUUUUUUUUCAAGCAUGUUACUGAGGCAGGCUUAUUUGAGAGGGAGAAAAGGGGAGGGGGAGGGAGGGGGGGUGUAUUUAAUGUAACAACGAUGAUGGUAUCAGUUCUCCAGAAAAGUAAGGACGCAAAGUGGAAAAGCUCAGACAAUGAAGUUUGAGGUCACGCAGCCAAAGAAAAAAAACAACAAAUCCAAACUACCAGCACCUCAGGGGCUUAAAAGAGAAGGGGCUUAACAUAUUUCUUCCCCUAAAAAAGGGGGACUUAUUUAGAGGGGGUUGUAAAUAGUUUGUUGUUUUUAGGGAUUGUAAAUACUGGUAGCUUAACUCUGCAGUUUAUUCCUACUGAGUUUAUUCUCAUACUCCAAGGUAAUUGUUCUUAUUACACUUUUUCAAUUUGUAAUUGCAGUAGAGAAUCCAGAUCUGAAGGCUGGAGUUACUUCGCUAUCAAAACUCCUUAGCUUACCAGAACACCCUGAUCACUUUGUUCUGUUACAGGUAACGUGGGUAAAUAUUUACAACUGUAUCUCACUUUUUUGCUAUUUUUCCUUGUUUUCCAGAGAUAGUAUUAAUCCUGCAAAUUGUUUAUUGAGGGCCAGGUCAGGGUCCGAGAUUAACUUUUUAAUAUGGUUGCCAGAGGGCAAAUUAUUUUCACCAAAAAAUCCCCUUGGUGGCUGGGAAACGUUCAACUCGUAUUGAUCAUAGCUGUUGUGGAUGUAUAUAUUUACAGGAAGAUUCGUUUCACUUUUAAAUUAAAAAAAUAUCAGCAGGACAAAAAGUAAGACACCUGUUGGCAAAGAGCUUCGAGGUUUCAAUUCUUAAUCAUUUUAUCCGAACAUGAAAGUCUACAAUAACAACCAGCUUUAUAAGUCUCCAGCUGGUGACCAGCUAUGAAAUUCUGGUCGCCAGAACUGAAUGUUUGGUCGCAUUGGCGACUAGGAAGGCGCAAUUUCGGACCCUGCAGGUAGAAAAAACUAGGAGUACCUUUAAAAUCUAUUAUACAUUUGUAUUAAUCAAAGUAAGGUUCGUUAUUGGCAUGAGCAGAUUGUGCACAGUCCCUUACUAUCUAUUUUUUCCACUUCCUUUACAUUUUAUACUUUUAUUGAUUAUUGUGAUUGUAAGAUAUGGAAUGGUAUUAUAUCGAUUUUAUGUACUCAUUGAUUUUUAUUAAUUGUAAGAUAUUCAAUUGUAUUAUGUUAAUUUUUUUUAUCUAUAUUGUAAUGAGCGCAUGAUCAUUUUAUGGAAUGCGAACAAUAGAAGCAAUAAAUUAUUAUCAUUAUCAUUAUUGUUAGUAUUGUUUAGUUGGAGUUCCGUGCCCCUCAAAACAGCCACAAGGCUUUGGACAGCACUAAAAGUAUUAAAAAACAAUGGUGAUGUUCCUGUUAAAGGUUUAACCCUUUAGGGCCCAAUAGUGACCAAAAUCAAUUUUCUCCUAACGAUAUCCAUACAUUGUCAAGAGAUUAGGUUAUGAGAAUUAAUUAUAUGAUCACCCAAGAGAAAAGACUUUGACUUUUUAUCGAAUUCUCUCAACUCAUUCAUUAAGGAAAUGUAUAGAGAUCAGUUUGGCAAAUUUGUAUGUGAAUAUUGGGGCUUAAAGGGUUUGCAGUAACCUGCGUGGCAGGCAUCAAAAGAGGAGGGGAAAGGAAGAGGAGACUGGGGAGAGAGUAAAACGGACUCCCCUGUUCCUUUUCCCUUCCGUGCUUUUCUUUCCCUCCCCUUCCCUCCCAUUUUUUUGUGCUUGCAUGCAGUCUAGUUUGUAGAUGUGGGUAAAACUCCUUCAAGUUGAACCAUAACCAUAACCCUAAUCCUAAAACCUUCAGACUUUCACCAACCCAAAGACCUUCAACGCAACAGCUUUUUUCAUAGAUAAGUUACAUCUCUAAUAAUAUACAUGCUUUUAUAUCGUUUUUAAUUAUUCUACAGGCUCUCCGCUCGCUUAUUGAAGGUAAACUUUCAUCUGAAGUGAUAAAGACUGAUAAAAAGGUGAGCUGGGUAGCAUUGUUUUGCUCCCAAAUAUAAAGUGCCUGUAUUAGUUAUCCUUGAUGGCAGUCCAUGUUCCAUGUCCUUUCAAAAGGACCAGGAAGGGUGGUAGAAAAAUAAUAAUGUGUAAUGUGAAGACCUACCAUUGCUAUCAAAGUCGGGUUAGGAGUAUUAAGUUUGAAAGGCAUGGUUAAAAAUAGAUAGCUUAUAUCAGGAAAUAACCUAAGCGAGUAAAUGUAGAAAACUGACCAGCUAGAAAUGUUGUGUAUCCUACAGAAACCGGCUGUCUGUUGCUUUAAGACACCCGUUGUUACAGACUUUCUUGGUGUAAAGGUGGCCUAGAAUCAUGUGGUGAAUUCAAAUACGUUCGAAUAAGUACUGACCUGGGUUUUCAUUUUUAACGAGUGCUUUGCUUGCAGGGUAAAAAGGCUGACGUCAUACCACUUAACAAAGUAGACCUAGGAUUUAACACAGGAGGUGUGUAUUUAAUGCUUUCUUUUUCUUUUUGUUUUCUAAUAUCAAUUGGAAUAUGCGAUGUGAGAAAAUAAUAAAGUUAUGGUACGAGCUGUGACUUUGCCGGAUUACAUUAACCUUAAACAGCAGAACUGAGUUUACAACUAGAAAAAAAGCACAAUGCAAUUUUCGAAUAUUCCUAUUUUUGUUUUGUUUGUUUAUUUGUUUGUCUUCAUGUAUUGUUGUCAAUCAAGGUCAAUAAAGACAUUGGAGAAUACCAUCAACUGAGGCUGAGCUCCCCCUACUAACCAAACUUCGUUGUAUUAUGAUGUUUUGAAGCUUGAUUACUAACCAGUAAAUGCAAAACGCAUUUUCAUCAGUCCUGCUAUAGCUUGUCUCGAUGCGCUUUUAUAUUUAUUCCGUUAUAAUUGAAGACCUAUUUGAUAAUCUUGAGUAUUCUGGAAAAAAGAAAUUAUUGUUUUGGAAAAAGUCUGCGAAAAAGUCGUAAAUUGUUGAUCCAAAAAUCUGUGCGAACCUUGUAUAAGUUCAGGGCUUAUGAGUCGCAUUUUACGGCACCUCCUUGUAUUUAAUUUUCUCUCCUUGUUUCAGAUUCAGCGGUGAAUGAAGCAGCCAAGAUAAUCCGCUUAUUACAUGUAACAGAUCUAAGAGAACUACAGACGAGGAUUAAUGAGGCGAUAGUAGCCGUCCAAGCGAUAACUGCUAAUCCCAAGACAAAUCAGUCACUUGGACGGGUUGGCGUAUGA